AUGAAGUCCUGCCGUGUCACACGCACGGUCGCUCGUGCCAUGCAACCCAGCAAGCUCAUCACGACCUCCAAAUUUCACCAAUCACGAUCCAUCACCACUGAGCCUCGCCGAUUCACGCUCAACACAGGCGCCUCCAUUCCCUCCAUCGGGUUCGGCACGUUCCAAGACCCCGAGGCCCAGGAAGACGCCGUGUCGCGCGCCCUCCGCGCCGGCCUGCGCCUCAUCGACACGGCCAAGGUCUACCACAUCGAGAAGCAGGUCGGUAGAGGUCUCAAGACAAGCGGCGUGCCUCGCGAGGACGUGUUUCUAGGAACGAAACUAUGGUGCAACAGCUACCACCCGGACGACGUCGAGGCCGCGCUCGACCAGUCGCUGCAGGAUCUGGACACGCCCUAUGUCGAUCUCCUCAUGAUGCACUACCCGGUGACGUUUAAGCGUGGUACCGCAGAGUUCCCGCGUGACGAGAGCGGUAAGAUGCUCUUGGGCGAGACAACGUACCUGGCGACGUGGCACGCCAUGGAGAAGCUCGUCGCCAAGGGCAAGGCCCGAGCGAUUGGCGUGUCCAACUUUAGCAAGGGCGAACUCGAGACCUUGAUCCGCGAGUCUUCCACCAUCCCCGCAGUGCACCAGAUGGAAGUCCACCCGUACCUCCAGCAACGGGACUUUAACAGCUGGCUCCGCGCGCAGGGCAUCCAUGUCGUGCAGUUCAGCCCGCUCGGCAACAUGAAUGACUUUUACCGCUCCACCGGCUGGAGCAAAGAGGUCGCGCACAUGAAGCGCGUCAUCGACCAGCCCGUGCUGCGCGAGCUGGCGACCAAGUACGGCAAGAGCGUGGUCCAGGUUGUGCUGGCUUGGGGCGUCAACGCCGGUCGCUCGGUGAUUCCCAAGAGCACGGUGGACUGGCAGAUCAAAGAGAAUGUCGAGUCGGAUUUCGCGCUGGAGCCGGCGGACAUGGAAAUCAUCGAGACGCUGGACAUCAAGGCGCGGUUCAAUGAUCCCAGCCUGGACUAUCAGUAUCGGCUGUACAGCGACCUGGAGGGGACAGAGGGAACACGAGAUGGCAAGACGCAUUAG